CCCUCCCCUCCCUGCCUCCCUUCCUCCUCCCUUUCGCUGCCUCUGCCCCCUCCUCUCCCCCGCCUGGGACGACCUGGCCGCUCCCCCUCCGCCGCCCGCAGUAGCCGCUGGUGCGCGGCGGCGGCGGGCGCGCUCAGCCGGCGGGGGAGAUCCUGCGGCCGCCGCCGUGGCCGCUCCGCCCGCCUCUCGCCCCGCGGGGCAGCAGCCUGUACCCUUUGCUGGGAUAUUUUUCCUUCUUCUGGAUCACAAGGCUGUAUUCUCCUCUUCUCGCACCCUGCAGAAGUGUCUUUGCAGCCCUCUACACAUUUAAAUCCGCACCCUCAGAUAAGAGGAACCCCCCUUGCCAGCAGCCUGCACAGGGCCAUAGGAGCUGCUGAUUGCCUAUACUUGAAGCUGGCCUUGCUUAAGCAGCAGAGUUCAGAGGAAGCACAAAACAGGCUAAGACAGAACCAUAACUUUGAGAUGUCUUAAGAAAAAAAAUAGACAAAAUGGAGCACGUGUUACUGCUACUCAUGUUUUUCAUACCUAUGUUGGGUCUUGCUAAUGGAACAGACACUGAACAAGAUUUUACUUGGCACUUAAAGAAAGUACCCCAGAUUGUGAGUGAAAGAACUUUCUCCCUUGAGAGCCCUAAAUUUGAAGCAAAAACCAAAUUAGAGCUGAACAGUGUAUGUGGAAUUGAAUGUCAAAGAAAAUUGCCAGUGCCAAGCUUGUCUGACUUGAAGGACAUCCUGUCCUAUGAGACUGUUUUUGAAAAUGGCACACGGACCCUAACUGAAGUGAAUGUCCUUGGACUAAUGCUUGAUCCAUCUGAAAACAUGACUACACGAACAUCUUCAAGAAAGAAGAGGCAGAUAUACGGAACAGACAGUAGGUUCAGCAUCUAUGACAAGCGGUUUAUGACCAGCUUCCCAUUCAACACAGCUGUGAAGAUCUCCACUGGCUGUAGUGGCAUUCUCAUUUCCCCCAAGCACGUGCUAACAGCUGCCCAUUGCCUACAUAAUGGCAAGGAUUAUGUUAAAGGCAGCAAAAAACUGAGGGUGGGCUUGAUGAAGAUGAAGUCCAAAGGUAAUGGCAGAAAACGCAAAGGUGCUAAAAGAAGUAGGAGAGAAGCUUCUGAGACCCAAGAUGAUCCUGAAGUUGUCACAGAACUAAGACGGCACUCCAAAAGUGUUGGGAAAAAGCAGAGGAGAUCGGGGAGGAAGCAAGGCACAUCAGAUGGCAUGCCUGCCUUCCAGUGGACCAGGGUGAAGAGUACCCAAAUCCCAAGAGGCUGGUUUAAGGGUGUGUCUGGGGAUAUUGCCCUGGAUUAUGAUUAUGCUGUUCUUGAGCUUAAGCGUCCCCACAAAAGGAAAUACAUGGAGCUGGGAAUCAGCCCAACAAUCAAAAUGAUGCCUCGGAGCAUGAUCCACUUCUCGGGUUUUGACAAUGAUCGCUCCGGGCAGCUGGUCUAUCGGUUUUGUAGCAUUUCUGAUGAAUCCAAUGAUCUCUUUUAUCAGUAUUGUGAUGCUGAGUCUGGCUCCACUGGAUCUGGAGUCUAUCUCCGUCUUAAGGAGCCAAACAAACAGAAGUGGAAGCGCAAGAUCAUUGCUGUUUAUUCAGGCCAUCAAUGGGUGGAUGUCAAUGGUGAACAGCAGGAUUAUAAUGUAGCAGUAAGAAUUACUCCUGUCAAAUAUGCCCAGAUUUGCUUCUGGAUACAUGGGAAUGAUGAGAAUUGCACACAAGGCUGAAGAGAGCUGAAGCUAACCAGAGCAUCUGUAUUACAAUAGAGUGAAAAUCUGCUGCAGCAGUUACUGAGAGAACAUCAUUCCAUGUCAGGCUCUUUUUGAACUCAAAGCCCCCAAGUAAUAUUUUGAUGACUUGCAUAAUGUUGAAUUGUUGGGGAAUGGGUAGAGUUUUCAGAUGAAUUAUUUUAAAUUCUAAUCAACCCUAGAUAUGCACUUAAAAAUCCCAAACUGUAUUUAUGUUUGCAAAUGUGAUAAAUUCUAAUAAUUCACAUUAGAAAAAAAUGACUACCCCAUCAUUUUUUUCCAACAGAAGAAUUGAAACUUCUCAAACUGAUAUUAUUAAACAAUUAUUAAGCAACACAUUUUUCCAAUGGAUUUGAUUUUCUCAGGGUUCUGUUCCAAUUCUUCAUAUGCGAGUUGUGCAUACAUCUCUUCAGUGUAUGUGCAGAAUGAUCCAGGGAACUGGGUGAGAGCAACAAAUGCCAACAAAUUACAUUGGCAUUCUCUAAAGACCACAUCUCCAUGUUGAGAUACAGCAAUCUAGUUCAUGCUUGUUACUUUGGAAAGCUUUCUCUUCUGGUUGCUGUAGGAACACUUCCAUGGAAAUCCCAAAUUUCUGUAACUGACAACUAGACCUAAAAAACGAGUUUCACUUCAUUGCUUACCAAAACAGCAAAGAGAAAUUAAUGAACAUAAAAGUUUCCAUGUUUGGAAGAAGGAGAAACAUCAGAAUGCAAUUUAAUGCUUUUAAAUAUUGUUUGAGAAGCUACAGAAAUCUUGGGAAGGUUAAACAUACGCAUUUGCUUCCUAAUUAAUAUUUGGAUAUCCAUAGGUUUAGUUUCUAGUCAAACACUUAACUUUACUUUUGGGUAAAGUCACUGACUUUCGAAGUGGCCAUUUGACAAUCAUUUAGAGCUUUACAUCAAAGCCACAGAUGCUAGAUUUUUGGGUGCUAACCAUUUUUGCAGGUUUUUAAAAGUACUUUUAAAAGAAUUCAGCUUCACAAAUAGGAUACUAUGUAUUAGACUGGGAGAUGGAAAGCAAUAUUUUGGUUUAUCUGUAUACAGUUCUACAAAGUGGUGGGUACUUCUAAUAGUAUCAGACUCCACCAACAGGAGUUGCAGGGAUAAACUAAAAAUUUCUCCCAACUAAAUUAUAUUAUACCACCUCCUGAAUGGUAGAACUAUCCUGUAAGUUAUAACAUAUCUUGUUAGGUAGGAGCAAUAGGUAUCAAAUAACUUGGUUCAAUACUUUUGCUGAACCACACUUACUGGAAAGAAAGUGAGCUUGACUUCUACACAUUUUUAUACAUGCAUCACCCUUUUUUAAUUGUUUGUUCUUGAUUGCUACACAAGUUUUUAUAUCUUGUAUUUUAUAUCAAGAUUUUGAAGCACACAAGAUUGUUAUGGUGCUAUGUUAAUCUAAUAACAUAAAAUGAUGCUGUGUAUUUCAGAUCAUACACAUUGGGUUUCAUUACUGUUAAGGUUUUUCACCAUUCCAGUAUGUAAUUUUUUGAUUAUAAGUUUAUACUGACUGAAAUCCAUUUUCUUCGUGUGCAGAAGAAAAAUAUAACAUGGUUUUAAAAUAUUAUUGGUUUGUUGGUAUCUUUAAAAUAUGCUUGUAAUAUAUUUUGAUGACAUAUGGUCAUUUUUAAUAACCCAUUAUUCUGUAGCUGAUUGAAGGUCUAAAACCUGGCUCUUUUAAUGUGCAGGUGACUUUUUUGUCAUUGUAUUGCCAAAGCAUAAAAAUUUAAGACUUGUUUCCAUACCAUAACUCUUGCAAUAUUUCCUUAAUUGGAAGAGGUUUCACUUUAAAAGAAAAAAAACUUUUUUUUCACUUCAGCCUUUUCAGGCUUUUGGGUUUUACUUGUGUGAUUGUUUGCAGAAAAACUAGUAAUAAUUUCUAAAGUUUAGAUAUUAACUGUCUAAGAUAGAUUUCAAGAUUAAUUAAUUUUUUUUGUUGUUAACAUUCUAUUAAGACAUAUGACUUCAUUGACAAUAGCUUUAAAUCACCUCAGUUGAGUAUUUAAUACUCUUCCUCUAUGCAACAGGCCUACAAUAUUCUUUAGCAUGCUCUAUAAUGUUUUUCUUAAGUGCCUUUUUCCAUACUUACUGUAACAAAUACGGUACCACAUUCUUAAUCAGUAUAGGUCAGCAUAAGUCUAUAGAUUUUUUUAAUAGUUACUCUCACUGUUGAUCUGGGUCCAGAAUUGAUCAAGAUAAGGUGACUUAGUAAAUGCCUUGUUUUGGUGAGUCUCAUUUAGGUGUACUCGUUAGGAGAAGAAAUAGGUUCCAUUUCUUUUUUAGUCUGGGAAUCGAGGACAAGGUAAGAAUGAAAAAUGUUGAUAGCACCUGUCAGGUGUCUUUUUAUAAUAAUAAUUUGCUAUAAUUACCUCAAGAGAUUAAAGAUGGCCAGAGCAACAGAAAAAUUGAUCAGAACUAUAUAUACUGAAGAAACCGUGUCUGAGUGCUUGUGCACGAGCACAUGCAAAAGCAUAGGCUUGCUGAGCAGAGACCAUUCUGCUUGAGUCAGCAACUUCAGGCAAGGAAAUGCAGACAGAAGACAUGAAUGGACAAAGUGUUGCUUCCUGUGGUACCCCGAUGCCAUGCACCAUUUAAAUCUGCCACUUACUUAGCAUAAUAAAGAAGGAAAUGCUUCAUGUAGGUAUGGUUACUGCUUACUUCAAGCACUUCCUAAAUAGGUCAUAAAUCAACUAUUUUCACACUGGCAUGCACAACCCCAAAGGGUUGAUGUACUGCACCAAGCUUUUGGCACCAGCAAAUGAGACAAGAAUUUCCGAACUGUGAUAAUCUCAGAUUCCCUUAAAAUAACUGCUGCUGGUAUCUACUGCUCUAUACAAAAACAUAGGGAGAGAUCAUCUUUGGGAGUGGAUCAGAUCCACAGUUGUUAUAUAAUACACAGGCUUCAAGGCUUGGUUCCCAGCAGAGGCAAGGGCAGAGCCCUUGCAAUGCUUCCAAAAGGAUUUUGUCUCUCUUUCAAGUAUUGGAUUAUGCAUCAUUUGUUUUCAUACUAACACUUUUUCCAUACGAGCCGCCAUAGUAGAGCUGGUUCUUUAACUGUGCUCCUGGCAUUAGCUAAAAAUAAACUCAAUGAAAUCCUUUUCCUGCAAAGGGGCUAAAUAGCAAGGGGCUAUUGGCAAUUUGUAGAGUUAAAAAAAAAAAAAAAAAAAAAAAAAAAAAGUUUUCCCAGGCCAAAGAUAAACCUCAGAUGCAAAUUUGUAACAUCCUGGGGCAGCUUCUGCAAAAAAAAAAAAAAGUUGUGCAUGUGUUUAAUUUGGGGCUCUGAGAAGCACAGUGGAAGUCAACAGGAUUAUCUCUGAUGUGAGAAAAUAAGUUCAAGACUGUAUUAUCUUAAUAAAGGAAAAGCAACAUUAGACAGCAAAAUUAUUUCUGCCUUAUGAGUUAUAGAGUACAUGAGGCUUUAAAAGGUGCUUAAAGAAACUCCUUUGCUCAGUUUAUAACUUACUAUUCAAAUACUGCACUGAUUUAUGAGUCUGUAUGGAGUGUGAAUCAGCACAGAAUAUGGUCUUAAGUAAUAAAAUAAAUCAUCUACAUGUGGAGGAGAUAAGCAGCUGGGGAGUCUCUCCUGUUCUGCUGAUCAGGAAUCAACUUGCAGCAAACAGCAGUUACUCUAGAAAGAGCAAAAUAAGUUGAUAUUUUGAAAGAAUGGGAAGAAGGAGAUAGUACACAAGGAAUAAAGAAAGUGUGAAAAGUAACAGAUGAAAUGGCUGUGAGGUAGCAGAGGGUCUUACUGUAAGAGAGAGUAGGAAGCUGGCAAAGGCAUAAGAAUAUAAAUUAAAAUGUAAAAAUCAUCAGUUACACCAGCAAUCCCACUUUUGCUGUUAAAGAUGAGGCUUCCCAGGCUCAUGUGAAGGGCUGGGAGAGGGGCAGGUGCUGGCCGGCGGCAGGGCCCCAAGCAGGCGGCUUCCUUGGCCCCGUUGCCUGUCCCUGCACUGGGCGCUUGCCAGCCGCGUGCCCAACGGCUUGGAAACACAAACUUCCUGGCACGCUGGUCAAGCGCGUACAAAGCAAAGGAAAUUUCUCUCAUUUGAAAGUUUUGCAAACUUGAUAUUUUGCUGGGAUUCCUAUAAGGGCUGUUCCCUACUGGGGAGGAAAAAAAAAAAGAAAGAAAAGAAAAGCAACCCCAAACUUGAAGUUUUUAAAUGCUGGUUCCCUUGUUUUGCAUGUACCUACAAAUCCUAGCCAAUAAAAUUUUUCAAAUACUUUCGAUUUUUGCUUGGUGUGUUUGUAGAAAUUUAGUCAACUACUUCUAAUUUUAAAACAUGGAAUAUCACAAAUACUUUGGUCUACAAAUUCCUGGAUCUACAAAUAACGAAUGAAAAAGAAUACUUUUAAAUUAAAUUGAAAGCCUAAAAUUGGAGCGCAAUCCCUAACGAUUUGGAAGUAUAUGAGCCCCAUCGCUUUUAUCUGUAACAGCCUUUUGCUCCCAAAGAGAGACAGCAUUUAGGCUGGAAACUGCUCACCAGCCUCGAGAGGUUGCUUUUAUGACUUUUUGUGUUAAGUUGUUAAAGAGCCACAGCAAAUAGCCUUAAAAAAAAGUGGUUUCAUAAUAUUUUAACGACACAAAACAACAGCUCAUUUGAGAACAUAAAUGUAAACCUUUGCUCAUAAAGAUACCAUACAAUGCAUAUAUCAAUAAAGAUGGUCUUGUUUUUUUUCUAGUGUU